CGUCACGCCCCGCUCUUUCCCACGCUGCAUCCGCCCUGCAAAGGCUGCUCCGGUUCCCCAGGCUACCGCUCUCCUUGCUCAGGCGGGCCUGGGGGCCACGGCGGUUCCGGAGCUCUGGGCUGACGAGAGCAGCAGGAGCAGGGGCAGCAGCAGCAGCACCAGCAGCUGGGCGGAUAGCAGCAGGGGAUGCCGCGCCUGUAUCUCAACGUGAGACAGUAGCAGGGGGGGUUGUGGGAGCAAGGGCGGCAGCAGCCGCGUUCACUGUUGCUGCGAGUACGGGAGGGGGAGCAGGUGCGGGAGCGAAGGUGGGGAUGAAGAGAGAGGGAGUGGCGUUGGAAGCGGGGAGCAGUGCCAUCGACUUUGCGUCUGUCAUGCCCACUCGCACCGACCCCUCCCCCCUCAAGUCCUUCUCCCACUGGCCGCUCUCCAGCUCCCACCCGCUCCUCACAGCCGGCUCAGCACGUCGCAACCGCUCCUCCCUCUCCCUCACCACGCUCUCCGACCUCAGCGCUGCUGCUCUCGCGUUGCACCCUGCCCCCUUCGCCCUGCUCGCCCCUGCCACGCCCUCCUCCCCCUGCCGCCCCUUCUCCUUCUCCACCUCCUUUGCCUUGCGCAUCUCCUCCCCCAACGCCGCGGGGCUGGGCGGCGAGGGCUUGGCGUUUGUGAUGCUGCCGUCUCCCACGCUCGGCCUUCCGGGGCCGUCCCUGGGCUACGGCCGCCUGCUGCUGCCCCCGGGGAGUACAAUUGGUGCUGAUGAUUCCGGCUCCAUUGGUGCAGUGUCAUCUCAGCAGCACAGGAGCCUGGCAGUGGAGUUUGACACAUCCUCUUCCCCUGAAUUCUUCGACCGCCCCGACCACCACGUGGGGGUGAACCUGCACGGCAGCAUGCUCUCUCUCGCCUCUGCCCCCGUGCACCCCCUCGGCAUUCCCGCCCUCAACGCCGGUCAAACCCUCCUCGCCACCAUCCACUACAACGCCUCCUCCUCCCACCUCACCGUCUGGAUCUCCCCUGCCCCCUCCUCCUCCCGUUCCCCCUCCCCCUCUCGCUUCUCCCCUCGCUUCCCUGGUUUCCCUCGGUUGACCCGCCCUUCCUCCUCCUCCUCCUCCUCCUCCUCCUCCUCCUCCUCCUCCUCCUCCUCCUCCUCCUCCUCCUCCUCUUCUCGCUCCUCCUCCUACUCCGCCCCCCCUCUCCCGCGCUCGGCCGUGCUGAGCACAUUCCUGGACACCUGCGAGUGGCUGGGGGGGAACGACCCGGAGGCAGCAGCCCCUCCCACGCCGCUGUUUGUGGGAUUCACAGCGGCCACGGGCAAGGGGGCGGAGCAGGCUCAGGCGCAUGAGGUGCUAGGGUGGAAGUUUGAAGUAGGGGAGGGUGAGUUCGAGUGCCCUCAUUCCUCCGAGGAUCCGCUUCUGUUUUGGGCGGCAGACUCGUUCUCCUUCCCCUACAUCACGCCAGCCACUCCCCUGCUGACACGUGGCAGCACACGGAAGCGUUUCUUCGCCGCAGACCUCUCCGUCGCUGCUGCUGACGUAGGGAGAGGGGAAGUGGGCGAGAUGGGGGGUAGGAAAGAGAGAAGGGCUAGUGAGCCACGUGCCCUGCCUUCCCCCGUCGCCCUCUCCUCCUGGACCUUCCGAUUCACAGGUAGGGAGAAAGGAGGAGGAGGGGAUGAGAAGGCAGUGGGAGGGGGAGAGAAGGGAAGGUGGGGAGAAUUGGAAGGGGCCAAGGAGGGGAAGGAAGAGUUAGCCUCUCCGGUGCUUCCCUGUGGCACGGGUGCAUGCACCAAGGCACCUGCCCAGUGGGACCCAUCUAGCCCCGUGCCUCACACCCUCUCUCUCCUCACCUCACCCUCUGCCUGCCUCACACCCUUCAUCCCUCCCCAUCAGACACCGACCCCUGCAAGGCCUCUCCAGUGCUCCCCUGUGGCACGGGUGCAUGCACCAAGGCACCUGCCCAGUGGGACCCGUCUAUCCUCGUGCCUCACACCCUCGCUCUCUUCACUCCCCCCCUGCCGCAGACCCUUUUUCCUCACGUUCCUUUGCUCUCCAUAUCCCCCCUCCCCAUCAGACACCGACCCCUGCAAGGGUUCUCCAGUGCUCCCCUGUGGCAUGGGUGCAUGCACCAAGGCACCUGCCCCGUGGGACCCGUCUGUCCUCCUGCCCUCCUGCAAGUGCCCUUUCAAUCUCCCCUCCUUCCAACCUUCUCAUCUUACCGGCCUGCCCUCCUGCUUCCCUGGUGAGACGUGGAGUGGGGUAGGCAAGGUGUGGAGUGCGGUAGGCAAGGUGUGGAGUGCGGUAGGCAAGGUGUGGAGUGCGGUCGGCAAAAGGUGGAGUGGGGUAGGCAAGAGGUGGAGUGUGGUAG